UAAGCUGCCCUUCGAAUUUAGCUAACUUUAACUUUGAACCUCUGUCACUGUAAAAAUUAAGUUAAAAUAAGAUUUAAUUUCAUUACCAAAAAUAUCAAUUUGAAGCUCACCGACGUAUGGUACUAAUCUCAAUGGGAUUAAUUCACGCUCUGCACAUCUCCCUAAGUAUUGAGGUAAAACAUCAGCCCAAAAUCACGUUCCGUACCAUUUUUUUGAGUGUCUGCAAAGAAGAAUGGUUUCUACACUUCCGCACAAGGCCCUUUGGUAGACAAAACGAAUUCUUAGCGGCAUAAGUCACAACAAACCAUUUCGAGUCUCGUCUGGAGUGGUAGGCAAGAUGACUAGGGAGUUUCCCAUUUCACAAGCGCCGUGCAACCUCUUCUCCCUACUGAAGCGUUUUGUAGAAUCUCUGUCGGCGUCACCAUAAAGAGAAAGAGAGAGAAAGCGAUCGUUUCUGUUUGGCAUUUCGUUUGUAUGGCUUCACGUAAAACAUGGUCGAGCCUUCGAAAAGGGCGAAAUCUACCUGUCCGACUGUACGACAUACCCUGGGUUGAUGGGUAGAUUAAAAGGACGAACGGGUGUGGACUUACAUCACCGGUAUAUGACCAGUAAUGGCGUCAAAACUAAAUCCCACCACCAGUUAGGGGUAGGAGGAGGGUGUGCGGACAAUAUACAUCGGAGAAAAGAAUAACGGGUGACAUUCUAAAGUAGGAUAAGCUGCAUCGUUUCAUGCAUCGUUUGAAACCCCGUUUGCCGACAAACGAGCGUGCGUAUGUGUGUAUGUAUGAGUGUAUGGAAAACAGGUUUUUCACUUUCCUUCCGAUGCACCAACGUACAGCAAGGGAUGUAAAGGUUACACAGAAGCAUGAAGAGAAGAAGGGUUGUAACUGGUCCGCCAUGUACGACCAAAGGCAUAACGUUACCGCACACACGUGCUCGUGUGUAUGUGAGUGGAAUUUAAAAAUCGAAAGCAACGACAAAACAAGAAAAAAACACACAUAAAAAAAUUAUUUAAAAGCCAAACAUUGAAUAGUUUAAACUGCACGCUCGAAUGGUGACGGUUUGGAAUUCAUCUCGCAGGAAAAACAGGUACCGUUUCCAUAGCAACCGGUACGUUAUCGUUCACAUUCUUUACCCUUUGCUGUGACAGUGUGUGCGUACAAUCGUUGCUACGCACAGCAUCCUUCGAGCAAGUGUGUGUGUGGGUUUGUUUGUAGCUGGUUUUCAUCUCAAAAAAGUGCGUGCUCUUUGUCUCUCACGCUUUGCGGAGAUCGGAAACACAUAUUCUACGUGCUCGCUCGCACUCUCACCAUAUCGCCCGGUAUGUACGGUAGUAUUGGUGAGGAUGCCGUGCGUUUUAUGUUUUUUCGUGGAAUUGUUUGUACCACUGCGGGUGAAGAAUUUCAUUUUCUAUUGUGCCGUUUGCGUGUGCAGGUGCCGUGUUUGCUGCUAGUUUAGAAAAUUGUGAACACUAAAAUUAAACAGUGCGUACGGGCAAAGUAAUUCCGAGGCCACAGUGUAGAGAGAAGUUUGCAGUGAUUUGUUUGCUUUGCAAAAUUUGAGCGCGUUUUGAAGAAGACCGUUGCAAAAAAAUCACGGUCUUGCAGAAUCAUCACAUCAAGUAUCCGCUUCCUGCACAUCCGGGGUGGUCAAUAGGAAAAAAAAUCACCGAGCCUAGCGAAGGAUAACGCACGCAUAUAUUACACACUUUGUCCUUUGUGCGCAGUGUCUGCCAGUUCUGGUGCCACUCUUCCCUACGCAGGAUGUGGCUGGUACGGGUGAAUUUGCUGCUCAUUACGCUUCUUAGCGUAGCAUUACCGCUGUCAAGCGCCCAGCAGGCGUCUUCGAGCCCGAGCAUCGUUUUUAUCAGCCCGGAGCAAAUUAAAGACAUUGGCGAACAAGUGACGCUUAACUGUUCGAUCGCGAACGUGAAGAACUACAUCGUUGGCUGGCAGAAGAGCAAUCGCGAUCGGACGAAGGAAAGCAACAUCAUCUCGCUCGGUGUGCAGCUCGCCGUGACGGAAGAUCGAUUCCGGCUGAACUUUACCAAGGAAAACAAUGCCGCUAACUACGUGCUGGAGAUUCACGAUAUCGUCAACACGGAUGCCGGUUUGUACGAGUGCCAGAUUCAGGUGAACAGUACGAGCAAGAUCACGAAAACGGUCGAACUUCAGGUACGGCAUCCACCGAUGCUGCUCGAAAACCAGCACACGAACACGCUCACAAAGGCGGAAGGUGAAGAUGCCCAGCUCGUGUGCCGUGCCGAAGGAUAUCCACGUCCUUCCAUUACCUGGCGCCGUGAGUACAGUGCUAUCCUGCCGAUCGGUGGCCAAACGUACACCGGCAAUGAGCUACGGUUGAAUGGGCUUCGCCGGGAUGACCGUGGCACGUACUACUGUACGGCCGACAACGGUGUGGGUCGAACCGAUACGAAGACGAUCACGCUCGAGGUAGAGUUUGCACCGGUCAUUCGUGUACCGCGCCCGAAAGUAGCUCAAGCAAUCGAUUACGACAUUGAUGUGGAGUGUGUAGUACAGGCCUUUCCGGCCCCGGCCAUUGCCUGGUACCGAGAUGGCAAACAAAUCCACAACGGUGGUUCGUACAGUAUCUCACAGAUUGGUUCCCCGGACGAUGUAACGAUGUCGGUAGUGAAGAUACAUUCCGUUGCGUCCGAACAUUAUGGUGACUAUGUGUGCAAAGCUACCAAUAAGGUCGGACAAGCCGAGGCUCGGUUGAAUCUGUUCGAGCAAAACGUUCCCAACAUUAAUUAUUCCGGUUUGAAAUGGACCAACGAUUGUACCUCAACACGGAAAGUUGUGCUCAGACAUAUGCUUAUCGUUGUAACAACAUUGCUGCUAGCAACGCUCUUGUGAAGAGGUCGUUGGAAAACGGGUGGCAUUCAGGGUAAUACUUGGCGCCACGCGUGCUUACUCGGCUUCUUGGCCAGAACUGGGCGAUGAUUUAAUUUUCUCUACGGAAACCUAUCAUUCAGUAAAACGAACCUCAUGAAUCUUUGAAGAUAAUCAGGAACAGCUAUUCUCUAUCUCUCUCUUUCUCUUUCACUUUCUCACACACACUACUCUGGAGAUCGAUAGUUUAGAAACAUUAGAGCGUCUACUUUUAAACAUCCCAUCAUAUCCUUCCUUAUUGGGCAUUUUUCAAUGAAAGAGCCUACAUAAUAACUAAAGUGCAAAAGCGAAGUACAUUCCCGAAAUCGACAGAAGCAAAUGGAUGAAUCCGACGAGGGCAUAUCCCGCCACCCGGCGGCCGUAGGCUGUUUGAAGCGAUGGUACAAUUUUAUUCAUACAAAAACAAAAGAAAACAUGCGACCAAGCUAGUAGAUCGUAGGUAGUAUUGUGGAAUAGAAUGGCGGUAUAUUUUGUGUGCGCAUAUUCGUAUUGGCGUAUCUUAGAGAUGGAAAGCAAAUUUCGAAGCUAGAAAACAAUUUUUAACAUUAUGUCUUGACCUUUUCGUCACUAGGUAAAUGGUAGAACAAAAAAUAACAACACAAAAAAGAUAAUAGACAGCAGGGACGAUUCGAUGGCAUGAUUUAGCAGGCCAUUCCUUUUUUUCUGACUACUCUCGUUAGGCUAAGAAAUUAUGCAAUAGUUAAACAACAAACACCGAAGAAAGCGUACAUUUGGAAUAAAAUCGAAACAUUGCUGUACAGCGCAUAAUGGAGUUUUGUUUUUUUAUGUUAUGAACUUUAGUACACAACUAAAACCCAACAAAUCUAAAUUUUAAAAUAAUCAGGCGACACAGAUGCCGAAGGACAACACCAAUAAGAGGCUUUCUAUUUACGUGAUUGUCUAACAAACGUGAUGAUAGAUCAAAGUGCAAGGUACUUAUGGUUUAGAGUAGAAGAUUAAAAAAAGCGCGAUGGAUAUUGGUAAAUAUUGAUUAAAUUCCUUUUAGUCUGUACUUUUAUAAUCAGGAGCUAGUAUCUAUCUUUCCAAUCCAUUCCUAAUAUUUCCUGGUAUAAAACAAACAGAUUCAUAAAAGACAUUUUCGAUAUGUUACCUGCAGAUCUUGAUGCUUUAUGUGGAAAGCUUC